CAGCGUGAGUAACGGGGACGGUCUGCGCAACAGCAGGCCUGCCGCUUCAGCUGAGGAUAUUGCUAUGUCAUUAGCGCGGAAGGAUUGGGGCCGCUUGCCAGCAGUCAUGCAGCCAAGCAGCUGAGCACGUCCACUUCCUCUCGACAGCUGCACUGUCCUACGAAGAGUUGACUCUUCCAUGGUCAUUGUCAUGGUCAUGGUCAAUGUCGAUGUUUAGGUAUGUAGCUUUGAAAUCGAGUUUGUGGUUAGUAUGAGCCUUUCUCCCGCCUACGAGGAGCCUAAGGCACACGCUGGCGCAAAUGACAACGAACCUCAGGUGAACGGCAUCAGCGAUAGGGAUACCACACCUCAUAAGGCUUCCAGGGACGACAUAGAUCCCUCGACAUCAGAACAAUCUACGCUUCGAAAGACAGGACUUUCGGGCUCUCAGCACGGUCAAACGAAACUUUGUAGCCGAUGUGAAGAACUGCAAAUCACCCCGGAAAGCUUCCUUAUCAAGGAUGAUCUGGGCAGCAUCGGGCAUCGUAACAUAGCCAGCAGCCUCCGUAACGAUGGACAUGCUCUGCGGACUGGAGCCAGGGAGUUUGAGCUGGGAACUUUACAGACCGUUGUAGACAGAGCAUCAGCUUGUACCCUGUGCGCACUGAUCUCAGCGGCUCUGAAACGUGCCGGUAGGGCUUAUAACCUCGGAGACUCCUCAGCUGUGUGUUAUGCGCGAUGGGAGGUUGAUGGGCAGCAUGCCAGGGGCCCAAGUCGUCGUGCAGCGAUAGCGUCUGUGAGGCGGACCCGCCGGCUACGGAUCGUAUGGAGAGCUGGCGAACGAGUAGUCUGGGAAGCUUUCUUAAUCCUGGUCGCAGGUAGUACUCCGUUCAGCCCGAACUCAGAUGCUUCAGCGCAGUCUCAGACUUACAGAACAUUUCUGGGUCGCAAGAUUGAGGCGAACAAUCGCAAGCAAGCUCUAAUCAAGAGUUGGCUGGAUCUGUGUCGUAAACAUCAUGGUGAAGUCUGCAAAGUGGACAUUGCACACCCUCGCGAAUUUGACGAGUUGAUUGGUGAGACUUACUUUGGCGUGAUUGAUGUGGUGGACUUGCAGUUGAAACCGUUGCCGCGCCGUGCGAAAUAUGCAGCACUCUCUUACGUAUGGGGAAAAGGUGAGCUGCCCUAUAGAACCGUACGGCGAAACGCACCGAAUCACCGAGAGCAUGGUGGGCUCGAGCCUCAUUUGGAUCGACUGCCCAAGGCCAUACAAGAUUCCAUUAAACUGGUACAGCAACUUGGCAUCCGGUAUCUCUGGGUGGAUAGUUUAUGUAUUGUUCAGGAUAGCAGUACAUCUUUCAAGCUGAACGCGCAACACAUGCACGCCAUCUAUGGUAAUGCUUACCUCACCAUCUGUGCUGCAGAUGGAGAGAGCGCCGACGCCGGAAUCAUCGCCAUGUAUGACACUCCCGACAAAACGGACGACACAAGCGCGGAGAUAGCACAUGGCUUCCAUAUACAGCUUUCCCGAACGCCGGAUAUGGUCAUCAGCGACACUAAGUGGGAUCGCCGUGCCUGGACAUUCCAGGAACGGAUGUUGUCCAGACGAUGCGUCAUCUUCGCCGAAGGAAGGAUCUAUUAUCAAUGUAGGCGCACCUCGAUGUCCGAAGACAUUCACAACGAAGCUACUGGCAAAGCAUGGUCUCUACAGUCGAUCUCAGGGCCGCUGCGUUCACUGAACGAGAUCAAUGAUCGUGCCCUAUCAUACUACAUCACAUCCGUCCCGAUGUAUUACCGGCGUGAAUUAACACGGCUCCAGGAUGUACUGUCUGCAUACAAAGGCGUCGAGUCCCUGCUCGAGAAGAACAUGAGAGCGCCCUUCUGUUUCGGACUUCCGACCUCACACUUUGACCUUGCAUUACUUUGGCAGCCUCUGGCAGCAGGAGUGAGACGCAAGUCAGCUGAUUUAGCCGGCCAAGAGUUCCCGAGCUGGGCAUGGUGCGGCUGGAUAGGUGGCGAGAUUGGCUACGAUCCCGACUCCCUUGAAGGAUGCCUUGACAACGUGCAUAUGUGGCUGAAACAACACACUUGGAUUAGAUGGCACAUCCGGGACGGCAAGGGUCGUUUACGUCCACUGUGGGAUAGUCGGCUUGCGCCCGAAGACUUGAGUACUGAACAGCGCUGGCGAGGCUAUCCUGGUUGGAAGGAAUCGACCGCGGAAGAAGCAACAUCAGACCAGGCCUCAAGUACAGAAGAAGAUAGCGACGAUACCUACACGUCCAAGUCAUCGGCAUCUCCCGAUAGGAGAAGAGACUAUCUCGAUGAACCGGUUCGGCGUCUGGCUCCUCGUUCGCGGCUCAAGGACAGCCGCAAACGCCAGGACAAGAAUUUGAAGUUCCUCUACAGGGAACCGCUUCCGCAGCAGCACCACACUCAUCCAGUGCACGCUCAACGCAAUAUAGAUCAGCCGUACUACUACCAACCAGAACACGACGAAGUGGGGUACACGAAACCACAACACAGUGCAGACCGUAUACGAACGCGGAGACGCGAAGCAUCUGAUGCAAGGCGUGUUGUUGAUGAGCGUUAUGACGACAGGGCACCGAUCAGGGCCAGCUUACGGCAGCAUGAUGACCACGGGAUCCUGACACGUCCGCCGCCUCCACCCUUAACACCUGAGUUGAUCUUGAUGGAGCCUAUGGACCCAUGGGGCCGCGCAGGUGGAACCGCGCUUUUUCCCGAUCAUGAAUUUCCAAUGGACCGUUUUAAGUGCGAGCUGCCAGAGAACCUUUUCGGCGUGCACAUGGCCAUGUACGACUCACAACCUUCGCUCCUUUUCCCAGAUAUGUCCAUCCUACAGUUUUGGACCAUACGUACCUCAUUGCACAUCUUUCUGGACGAGAGCGACAUGAUCACAGGCCUAUCAAAAUGCCAUGUCGGCGACUCCGCUGGGGAUUGGUGCGGUACGAUGACGGUGAACACAGACUGGCUUGCUUUGGACUCGCACGGACGGAGUGUUAAAGAAGGAGACGUCUUUGACUUUAUCGCUUUGUCACAGGCCGAGGACUUUACUACCAAGGAGCAGAAGAUCUGGAACUACUACAUACCAAGCGAACGUCGGGAUGCUAAGUGGGAAGUGUGCUACGUCCUUCUCAUCGAGAAAGACCGUGAGAGGCAUGUCUGGGAGCGUGUGGGUCUUGGGAAAGUGUUCUUGCACGCUUUCACGUUGGAGGGACGUUGGGAUGAGAUAAUGCUCGGGUGAUGUCAGCUAGUAGGCUCAGGAAGGUAUACAUUUACCCUACUGUUGCACACGACAGCUGAUGGGACUCGUGCUCCUACAUUGCACCGAGACUGCUGGGCUGAGUAAAGGCAUCACUGCCGGUAAAGCCCACGGCUUUCUCGAUUGCACUCGACUGAGCUGGGGCUUCGACGCCCUUCCAGCACGCUCUUGUGCUAUCCGUGACGUGGGAGUGCCUG